AUACUUACUGUACAUAUUUUUUUUUCACUCGAGUUUUAACAUUCUCGUUCUGCUCCCAGCCUCUAUCAAGAAGCCAUAUCGCUAUUAUUUUCCGCUGUAAAUGGCAUUUAGAGAGAUUUUAGAUAACUGCGGCGACGAAUCCCGGGCUUCUAAUCCCGUUCUGCGCGUGGUCGAUAGGUUCACAGAAGACAAAACACAAUUUUAUGAGAAAUGGAACGAGGAGAAAUAUCCAUCGACACAAGAAAAUUUUUCUAGAUAUAGAGAGCAACAUCCACCAUCCAUAACACCACACAACGACUUUCUUUUACCAGAAGAAUUCAGCCAAUUUCAAGAAGAACAGCUAGCUAGAGAAUUCCAACAGAAUUUGAAUUUUGGACUCAAAGUGGGGGAGCAACAGCCCCCACCCGGAGGGAGUCAUCAGUUUGGUAUGAUGCCUUGUCCUCCUCAUCAUUUUUUGGAGUUUGCGAGGUCUGCGCCGCCACCAUUUUUCGCCCAUCCACAAACCGCACAAUUUAACUGCCACGUAAAAAGCAAACCGCCCCUUCAUCAUGAUGUGACGAAGUCCGACGCGUCCCCGCUGGCUGCGAGCUUGGAAGGGUUUUCACGUGAAUGCGACUCGGUUUUAUCCCGGCCAGGUGAGCUCCAGGAAUUUGAGCAGGUUUACAGAGUGUCUGAAAAUUUGGCUCGACGCGAAGCGAGUGAAUGGGCAGCGGAAUUUGAAGGGGUGAUGCGCUCUGAGCCGCGUGGGGGCUUUUUGCGCCACGACGGCGACGUUUGGGCGGACCACUUUCAGGAACACGUACGAACUAAAAAACUGGAGGACGAAUGGGGAAAGCGCGAUGACCUCCAGUCGAUUGCUUCUAAGUUUUCUGACAUUGAGGAUUCAAAGCUUGCUCAGAGCGAAUUUUUCAGAAUGAUGAAAUCGAUUGGUGACGGAAAGACGAUUAUUCAAGACGGAAAGUUCGAGAACAUUGAAAAAACUUCGAACGAGGAUGUGAAUCAGUUCGAGAGGUGCAUUGAAGAAGAGGCGAGAGAGUUUGAAGAAUAUUUGUCAAAGAACCCGCAUUUGAACAACUGGUUGACAGAAUUUGAAACGGACAUGACACAUGAUUUUACAGCAAAUGGGUUGCGCGGUUCAACGACGGGUUCGUGCAGUGACACAGAAGAGUAUGUGUUUUGCCAAAACAAUCACUUCUUGGGCAUGGAAGACUCGUUCAAGAGAGGUAUGGAGUUGUUCGAGUCUGGUGAUUUGGCAAAUGCCGUGCUCGCAUUUGAGGCGGCGGCACAGCAAAGCCCGAACGAUUCCUUGGCGUGGCAAAUGCUAGGAACGGUUCAGGCAGAUAACGAUCAAGACGAGUUUGCAAGUCGCGCUUUGUCGCAGGCCGUGAAAGUAGAUCCGAACAACCGCGACGCGUUGCUUAUGUUGGCCGUCUCCUACACCAACGAGUACCAGAAACAGCGCACCAUCGAGUGUCUGCAGCGGUGGCUCGCUUUCCAUCCGGAGUACAGCGGAAUGGUGAAUGUUUCCGCCCCGUUGAUUCACUCUUUUGAAGAAAACCACCGAGUUGUGACGAACGAAUUCUUACGCGCUGCUCGACUCCGUCCGGACAAUCCCGACCCCGACGUACAAAUCGCGCUGGGCCUUUUGUACAAUCUUACGUUUCAGUACGAGUUGGCUAUCGACUGUUUCAAGACCGUGGCGGCCAUGCGCCCGAUGGAUUGCUCGAUUUGGAACAAGCUGGGUGCUACACAGGCGAAUUCGAAUUGCAACCUGGAGGCCCUUGACUCGUAUGCGCGCGCGCUGGAAAUCAGGCCCAAUUACGCUCGCGCGUUGUGUAAUCUUGGAAUUAGCUAUUUGGCCCUCAAGGAAUACGGAGAAGCCGCCAAGGCCUUUUUAGCCGCCAUUUCUAUCAACCCGAAUAGCGAGCACCGAUGGGAUAACCUCUCUAGCGUGUUCACAAUUAUGGGGAGGCUGGAUCUUAGCAAGAAGUGUGCGAGCAGAGACAUCACGUUGUUUCGAGAUGAAUUCGGGACGCGCAGGUCGGUGCGAGGAUCUAGACCGGCCAGCCAGGUCGAACAGACGCCUUUUCUUAUUCGCAUGAUGGACGUUCGGUAUUUUACGACGCCCACGACUAUAUCGAGCGAGUACUCGUUAUGCAGGAAGCUGGAGCAUAUGGAGAAAGGACGGGGCUUCAGGCGCGGAAAGAGGUCGAAAAUGUAUUCCAGCGGGGGUUUUGCGGAGGCGAAGUCCUCCAGGAUGUCCAGAUGGUCCGCAGAGAGGAAGCCGUACACGGGCGAUGACCCGGUCCAGUUCUGGAGGCAACAGAAUGCCGACGCGAGCGGAAGUCAGGUAGAUGAGACGAUAAAUUUGAGCGAGGUCGACCAGGCCGGCUCGAUUAUGUCAACGGUGGGAGAGUCCAGCGGGGGUUCUUAUCUUGCAGAGGCGCCUUCUAGAUACCAGAGCAGCGAAUGGCCGUCCGCGUCUUCGUCCUUUGCUUCUCAGUACGGUGCGAAGAGCGAGUCUUCGUGGAGGGGUCUUUCCAGAGAAGAUAGUCCGUCGAGGGCGCAAUACGAAGGGGACAGCAAGGAGCGAGAGGUUUCCGAUUAUGCGUCUGAUCCAGAGGAGGUCGAAUCGGAGCUCGAGUCGUCGACCGAAAUAUUCAAGUCUCCGCCGACUGCAGAUGAGGACAAGCCAGCUGCUGACCGGGGUCGAACGGGAACGGGCCCGUUGCCUUCACCUAAAUCAUUUUUCGACAUGGCGGGGUCGCCCUCCAGAUCCGCUCAAUCGAGCGCUGGAGAGGGCGAGGAAAGUCAGGACUUGAGCGACUCGCUCAAGAGUCAAGUGAUGAGCUAUAGCACGAGCGUUCCUUCAAGGCUGGACGAGACGUUAGAAGAGAGCAUGUCUAUAUGGCCGCAGCGAAAAGAAGGCGAUGGAGUAAGGGAGGACGAGGAGAGCCUUCCGAGCAAUUCGAUUGCACGUCAAGAAUGGGAAGAAUCGCAAGAAGAAAGUCGUGCAAAAUUAUCGUUCGCGAAUUCACCCCAAGAUGCAGACCACCCAUAUCAUGCACCGCUUUCGCCACCUUACGACAAAAGGACGGACAUCAUGGAAGAAGAUGAUGCAGCGCAGCGGGAAAGUUACUCUCCCGCGAAAUUCAGGAAUGGAGUUGAAGGCGUUGGCCGACUGGAAAAAUUUGGCGAGGAGGUGUUUCAUGAGUUCUACGGCCUGCUUUUGGACGGAGGUGGGGAACACUUUGAUCAGGGACGGGAUCGCGAUGGAGUUGUGAAUGUAGUCCAAAACAACGCUCAGAAAUUUUUUGUUGUCGAGCUGGUUUUUGGAGUACAACGUCAAAAUGUAGAAGCACUUGUUCAGGAAAGAGACCGCGUAGGUGCUCAUCCAAUAGUUCGCGACCUCUAUGGUCUCUUGCGAUAUGCCCGAAUGCAGUUUGCCGCGAGUGAUGCGAGAGUACCGGCCGGUGUACAUGAUGAACAAGUAGGUGAUGUUGACGCGGAGUUUUAUCCACAGCGCCGGCGUCGGAGACACCGUCGGGGCGGGGGAGCCAAAGACGGAGUGGACCAGCAGGUUCAUCCACUCCUCGAGGUUCUCGCGGCACCCGGUGGCCAGGGGGACGUCGGUGGAAAUAGAAAUUUUGCGCAGGUUUUUGACGAUCAACAGUUGCAACUGCAGACUGUCGGCGUCGUUGUUGUCCACAAGACAUUUCAGCAGCGACCUCAGCUUGUCGAGCACCGACGCGACGAAGUUGGACUGGACGGGGUCGUUCUUCGAGAACCUGAAGCCUCGCAGGCAGAUCAGAGCGGCCAGUAUCGAGUCUUUCUCUCCCGAGCCCAGGGCGCCGAAAAUCUGUUCCGUCAGGCUGUGCAGGCCUCCCGCAUGAAUUCCUCGUAUCCGCACUUCUCUCUUUCGCUCGCGGUCGCCCCCGGCGGCGCCCCCGACGGCUCCAAGGAAGUCGGACGCGCCGACACGGAAGCCAGCGCCCUCGACGCCUGCAAAAUCGUCAUGCGGUGUCCCAAGCUGUCGACGCCCAAGUCCUUCUUCAGCAUCUCUUCCGUCAGCCUCAACAGAACCAAGCCCGAAACGUCGUUCUUGAAGAACACGUCCCUGUAUUGGGGCAGGCCAAUCAUGAAAGCCAUGUCCGAAGAGAUUACUAUCAAUGUAAAAACAACCAGCGGAAAGCAGUACAGCUUAAAAAUUUCACCUUCCGAAGAGAUCAAAAACAUAAAAAAACUGCUGGUACCUCAAUGCGAGAUACCUGAAGAUCAGCAGCGCCUCAUCUAUUCUGGGCACAUCCUGAGCAACGAGAAAACGGCCGCUGACUAUGGUAUCAGAGAUGGCUACAGUUUACACUUAGUUAGGGGAAAGCCGCCAGCCUCUUCCACGACUGGAGGCACGACGACACAGACAAAUUCGCCAGGUAUGAACUCAGCUAACUUAUUUGGCUCCGUUUUUGGUGGUCAUGGUGGUGCCGAUGCUGGUGUCAACGGCCUCGCUCUCGAUCCUGAUGUGCUCAAUUCUAUACAGCAACUACCCUACUUCCAAGAGUUCUUCAAUAACGAUGAGUUUAUACGCACCAUGGUCCAAAGUAACCCACGCCUACAGGGACUGGUAGAUUCAAACCCGGAACUGGUGCACGCGUUGAACGAUUCGGCCACCCUACGCCAAGUAGCUCAACUCAUGUUUAAUAGAAACUUGAUGAGAGAGCUACAAAGGAAUACGGAUAGGGCCAUAUCGAACAUCGAGAACCAUCCUGAAGGCUUUCGGUUACUUCGGAACAUGUAUAGCUCAUUAGAAGAACCGUUGAGCGAGGUCGUUCACAGCAUGGGUCAGUCCGAGGAAACGGAUCUAACUCCAACCACAUCGUCACCACCUCCUGAUCUCACGGCACCAAAUACUUCAGCAUUGCCAAACCCUUGGGCCACUAGAGCGGCUCAGAGUAACUCGACGACGCCUCUACCACUUCCUGGUAACCAGGAUCUAUUUGGUGCACAAAACAACGUGAAUAGUGGUGCACUUCCAGACUUCAAUACGCUGAAUCAUAUGGCCUCUGAUCCGGCUGUUAUCAACCUCAUGUCCUCUAUCAUGUCCAACCCAGCUACUCAAAACCUCAUGCUAUCUGUCUUCUCCAACUCCGACCUUUUGCAACAGAUGUCUUCGGCAAAUCCGAUGAUUCAGCAACUUCUCAAUGCCAAUCCUCAGAUCCGAAAUUUGAUGUCCGACCCCGCUGUCUUGCAACAGCUCUCGAAUCCGGCUUUCCUUCGCCUGGCUCUGCAGAUGCAACACGCCAUGGGCGGAAAUGCUGCCAAUUCUAACCGCAGCGGACAGACAACAGAAACUCAGCCGAAUCCCAAUCCGGCUCAGAUAGAUUGGAAUGCGUUCAGCGAUCUAGUACAGAUGAUGGGGAACGCCAAUGUUCGAAGUGGCGGACCCAACGCUUUUCAGCCUCAAAGGCCUCCCGAGGAACACUAUCAGAUGCAGCUGACACAGCUGAAGGAUAUGGGCUUCUAUGAUGAGCAGGCCAACAUCAACGCACUUAUUGCUACAGGCGGAAAUGUGAGCGCUGCCGUAGAACGUCUUUUGGCCAAUAUCAACUAAAAUUAUGCGCGAUGAGAUGAACUCUCCGAGUAUUCGCGCUCUGUCUGGUGGUUUUGAGGUCGCAGAGUUUUUUUUUUUUCAAGCCAGUUUUUCGUGGCCGGAUACAGUCUGCUUGAAUGACGAGCUGGCUUCGUCGAACUGAGCGGCUAGCUUGUCUCCUAAUUCUAAGAAUGAGCAACGGGGAUCGACCUUCUUUAGUUGAGACAGAUAUCGGUGGCUCUCUUCUGACUUUCCCAAGUUUCGGUUAAGAACAAUUAGGUUGAUGAUAGUUUCCGUGCUGUUUGGAUUCUACACAAAGUUCGUUAAUUUAUUUUUAAUGUAAUAGAGCUACUAAUGACGAACACGUA